CCCACCCUCUCGAUCGCCGGAAGUCGAGGAUCUCGUCGACGAGCAACUGUCGGUCCUCCUCUUCUUCUUCUUCCGACUUGCGAUUCCUCCGGUAGUGAGUCGGGUGUCUCUCCAGUGCUUUCAGUGAGUGGUACGCGCGAGUGCGACGAGGGAGAGCCUCAGUUACUGAGCAGAGAGGUCCCUCGAGCUUCCCCGCUCGCCGAGCCGCUGGCGAGCGGCGCGAUCGCGUAGGUGGGUGUCCGAGUCAUGCAAGCGGCGAGGAGGAGGAGGAGGUAUCCGAGUGCAAGGGCGCAGCUCGACCUGGCGGCGACGAAGAGGAGGAGGAGGAUCCGCGAGGAGUGAGGACGCAUCGGCCGGGAGGCACCGCGCGCGAAUGAUUUUCUGACAGCCGCGUAUCUUCCGUCUCUCUGCCACCCGCCUGAGAGGAAGCCUUAGGACGAGGAGGCGCGUCGUGAAUCGUCCGGAAGAUCCUGAGAGCGAGGAUGGACGAGGACGACGCGGAGGGGGUGCGUGCUGGGAGCACGAGGAUCAGCAGCGUGAAGUUCACCUCUCGGAAGGUGACUUUGCUGGCGCAGGAGUCGGCGGAGGACUCCGACACGAUGGAGUGCGCCUCGGAGAACGAGGUGGAGAACCUGCCGAAGGACGAGGAGGGCCAGCUGAGGCGCGGGAGGAUGGACGAGAGGAGCCGGUACUCCCUGGAGGUGCCGGACGAGGUCGAGUCGACGUUGCUGCGCAGAAGGACGACCUCGUCGACGACGACGACGACGUUGUCGUCGUCGCUGCGCGUGAACGAGGACUCGAGGUACUCCGGCACGCGACUCGGCUUCUUCAUGACGACGAAUCGUAGCCCGCAGUCCAGCUCGAGCCAGGAGGAGUACGAGCCCGAGGUGAAGAGCAUCUCCAGGCUGCAGAUACGCCAGCAGCAGCAGCAGCACUUAUUGACAGCCGGGGUGAGCGGCCAGGCGACGGCGAGGUCGAUGGAGAGCCUCCGCUCGUCCCGUAACUUCCUCAGCGCGGACGAGCGUUACAGCGAGGACUCGAAGUCCAUGGAGUCGCUGUCCUCGUCGUCCGAGACGCAUGUCGCCUCCGGCAGGAGCCACUACCGGAGCUUCCUGACGUCCUCGGCGAGGGACGUGCGCAGGAUCGCGACGCAGGUCGAGUCGAAGAGCAGCGAGAACCUGCACCGCGAGGAGAGCCUGAACGCCGAGAUGAGGCGCGGCCUGUUCGCCAAUACCGGCCUCGAGAGGAAGAUCCCGCAGCACCUCAGCCUGCCGCCCCCGUCGAACGUGUUCUCGCUCACCAGCCCCGGCGGCAGCGACCGCAAGAUCACGAUCCUCAGCCCGCACUCGCCGCUACAGUCGAGCGAGUUCCAGUUCGCCCAGCAGACCCUCAAGAGCCGGCGGAAGAAGGCCAUCGUACUGCCGAGGUUGGUGUUGCCCCGAAGCGAAUCCGAGGUCUUUCUAGACUUCGACGUGGAGAAUGGCGCCUCGACUUUGGACGGCGGCGCCGGGGGCGGAGGCGGCGCCUCGCCGAGCGCGGGGCUCGUUCUCCAGACGCUGCCCCAGCGACGGGAGAGCUUCCUAUACCGGAGUGACAGCGAUUUCGAGAUGUCGCCGAAGUCGAUGUCUCGGAACAGCUCCAUCGCCAGUGAAAGGUUCAAAGAGACAGAGCUUCCUGUCGAGCGAGCGAUAUUUACCGAUCAGUACAGCCAUGGCGAGGACCUCAUCGUUACACCCUUCGCACAGAUUCUUGCUUCUCUGCGCUCGGUCAGGAACAAUUUCCUGUCGCUCACAAAUGUACCGACGAAUAAAUCUCGAAGGAGCAGCGGCCAACAGGGCAGCAGUACGCCACAGCCGCGGAUUUUGGCGCCAGGAGAGGAGCCCUUCAUGAAGCUGGCUGUGGAAACGAUAGAGGAACUAGACUGGUGUUUGGAUCAGUUGGAGACCAUUCAGACGCAUCGAUCCGUGUCCGACAUGGCAUCCCUGAAGUUCAAGAGAAUGCUUAACAAGGAGCUGUCGCACUUCUCGGAGUCGUCGAAAUCCGGGAACCAGAUCUCGGAGUACAUCUGCAGCACCUUCCUCGACAAGCAACAGGAGCUGGAUCUGCCGUCUCUGCGGAUCGAAGAUGCGGUCGCUGCGGCAGGUAGCGCGGACGCACGGGCGGCGAAGAAGAAGGACCGCGCACAAAGGGGCCCCGCCGCGAUGUCGCACAUCAGCGGCGUGAAACGGCCGUUGACACACACCAAUAGCUUCACCGGGGAACGCGUGCCACUCCACGGGGUGGAAACGCCGCACGAAGAGCAGCUCGGCAAGCUGCUGUCGGACAUCGACAAGUGGGGCAUCGACAUCUUCAGGAUAGGCGAGCUCAGUAACAACCGACCUCUCACCUGCGUGGCGUACACGGCCUUCCAGAGUCGAGAUCUGCUCAAGUCGCUAGCGAUACCGCCGAAGACUUUCGUCACCUUCAUGAUGACCCUAGAAGAUCAUUACGUGAAGGACAACCCCUUCCACAACAGCCUCCACGCGGCCGAUGUGACCCAGUCCACUCAUACUCUGCUCAACACGCCCGCGCUCGAGUCCGUGUUCACGCCGUUGGAGAUCACCGCUGCGUUGUUCGCGGCCACCAUUCAUGAUGUAGACCAUCCGGGACUCACGAAUCAGUUCCUCAUCAACUCAAGCUCCGAGCUCGCGCUGAUGUACAACGACGAGUCCGUGCUGGAGAACCACCACCUGGCGGUGGCGUUCAAGCUGCUGCAGAACGAGGGUUGCGACAUAUUCGUGAACAUGACGAAGAAGCAGCGGCAGACGCUACGGAAGAUGGUGAUCGACAUGGUGCUGUCGACGGACAUGUCGAAGCACAUGUCGCUGCUGGCGGACCUGAAGACCAUGGUGGAGACGAAGAAGGUCGCCGGGUCGGGCGUGCUGCUGCUGGACAACUACACCGACCGCAUCCAGGUGCUGGAAAAUCUCGUGCACUGCGCCGACCUGUCGAACCCGACGAAGCCGUUGCCGCUGUACCGGCGCUGGGUGGGCCUGCUGAUGGAGGAGUUCUUCCUGCAGGGUGACCGCGAGCGCGAGCAGAACAUGGACAUCAGUCCCAUGUGCGACCGGCACAGCGCCACGAUCGAGAAGUCGCAGGUCGGCUUCAUCGACUACAUCGUCCACCCGCUCUGGGAGACCUGGGCGGACCUGGUGCACCCGGACGCGCAGGAUAUCCUGGACACGCUGGAGGAGAAUCGCGACUGGUACCAAUCCAUGAUACCGCCGUCGCCGCCCUCGGACGACCAGCAGCAGCAGCCGGCCAACGAGAGCCAGUCGGAGAGGAUACACUUCCAGGUGACGUUGGAGGAGGGCGACGAGACCGUGGAGCCCGGCGAACCCGGCGAGUUCUCCAGCGAGGACGCGGGCGGUGAGACGGAGGAGAACGCCGCCGAGGCUGGGAUGUGACGGAGGCUCGCCGGUAUUUGCAGGAAGCUCCACGAGAAGGUGCAGCAGACCUGGUGGCGUGUGCGCCAGUGACAUUCGCAUCUGGCCGCGCUCAGCCGGUGUCUCUUUGUAUCGACCUAUUUAUUGAUCGCCCUCGGCUAGGAACGCCGGGGCGGGAAGCACGGUGGGAGCCGUCUGGACGGCCGAGGCGGGUGACCGUCGUCGGCGCGACGCGCCAACGUGGACGACGGGGGGAGGAAGAGAGUCAGCUUUGCUCUCCGCUUUCGAUGGAGGAGGACGAGAAGCCACGAUCGCCGCGCCUCGGCUGGACCGAGAGCGGAAGCCUCAGUCUUCGUCGUCGUCGUCGUCGUCGUCGAGCGAACACUUUCAAUACGUUUGUUUGAUAUACCGUACCGUCGUACGGGGAAUAAGGAAGCGGACUCUCUCUCGAGCGGUCUCGCAUUGACCUUCUUCUAGCAAUCCGGGAGGGGCGAAUCUCUUCACCAAGUACCUGCGCGCCCAAGGAAAGCUGCCUGCGAUAUAUCGAGUGUGGGCGGCGAGACGUUCUUUUUUUCUCUCUCACACACACACGUACACACACAUGUACGGCGGAGGAGGAGGAUUUCAUCGCACGACUUGAAGAGGGGGCACGGUGUCGUGGUCGGAG